AUGGUAGAUAUCAUGGCUAAACACAGAUAUCUCAUAACCUUAGGAGGUAAUCUUUUUGGAGCUGGUCGUGGUGUACCUGUAUUUGCUCUUUUCCGCAGUAUCGGAGCAUUGGAAUGGUAUGAAUUCGAAGUUUCUCUUGAAGAGGAGGGCGAUGAUGGAUAG